CUUCUUCACGUUCCACCACCAAAUUAGUGCUGCCACUUAAACAUACAAACGCUUCACGGAAGACGACCCACUCCCUAUGUAGGCAUGGAGGGCUCAUUCAGGGCUAACGAAGGCACAACAAUUUGUAGUUAUACACUAAUAACAGCAUUAUUUUUAAUAGUAUUAAUUCCAUUUCCCCUAAAUCCUACAUGCUGCACCUUUACUCAUACACACAAAUAUGUCUUCAUAAAUGGACAAGGCAAAUUAAUUGUCUUAUAAUGGGUGUUAGACUUGUGGCCUGUAUUGCUGCUAUUCUACUAGGGUCUACUUGUGCUUAUACACAUAGCAUUGUAUGAAUGAUAGGGCCCCUUAAACCUUUUCAUAGUAGGGGGUGUCAAAAUGUAAGUCCACAUUGAACAAAAGUUUUAUUGUGCUUAGAAAACAGAUAAACUGCAUAAACCUAGAUUAACUUCUAAGGGACUAGUAAGGCCAAUUGUGUGUGAUGUGUUUUCUAAACCUGUCGAUUUUAGAGUGUUUUUUGUUUCUGUUUAUGGUUGUUUGGUAAUGGUUAUGGCAGUUUACCAGGCCAUUGCCUCAAUGCCCUAAAGCCACAAAAACCAACAACCAUCACCUUUUUGCAAUUCGACUGUGUCUUGACUUAGUUCAUGAGAUCCACAGCAACACAAAAUGUACUCUAAUUGGGUUAACAAUUCAAGUAACUAUUACACUACCAUAAGUGCCCUGGCAAACUGGGAAGGCUCACGGUACACAGCCAUGCAUAAUUGCAUAAUUUAGUUUCACGUGUUGGGGGGAGUGGAAAAAGAGGUAGGUAAAUCCAUUGGUUGUAAGCUCGAAUGCAUGUUCAUGAACCCCGGGUUCGCACAAUUUGUGCUCGCCAUAACUAAGCAUGGACUGAAAGUUUCGUUGGUGUCACUGAGGUCGUUCAUUAGGGCUACACGGGAAGUAUUGACGACUGUUUUGUGAAAAAUGUGGGGGCAAGAAAGGGUUUAUAAGCCUAUGUGAAAAUGGAAAGUCACUGACCGUCAGUCUCUGCCUGUACUUCCACUCACGGCAUUGACGAGGCCACACAAGAGCGCUGAAGCUGGACUGAAGAGCAAGACUAGGGGACCAAAGAGGAGUGGGUGCACGGUGUGGAACAAGAGAGAGAGAGAGAGAGAGAUCAGAGGGGAACCACCAUGGCCCAGGAGACAAGGAAACAGAGAACCGUGGACGUGCUGCCACAGGAUGGCGGUUGGGGCUGGAUGAUCGUGGCCGGCUGCUUCAUGGUCACCGUCUGCACCCGCGCCGUGACUAGGUGUGUCUCCAUUUUCUUUGUGGAGUUUCAGAUGCACUUUGGACAUGACUACUCAGGGACUGCUUGGAUCCACUCCUUAGUUGACUGCACCACUAUGCUCUGCGCACCUCUUGGCAGCUUCAUUGGGAACAGGUACUCAUGUCGCGUGGCUGUGAUUCUGGGAGGACUCCUGGCAUCCACCGGCCUGGUGCUCAGCUCCUUCGCCACCAGCCUGGAGUACCUGUACCUUAGCCUGGGGGUCUUGACAGGCAUUGGGUUCGCCCUGUCCUACACCCCGGCCAUCGCCAUGGUGGGAGCCUAUUUCUCUGAGAGGAAGGCCUUGGCCUAUGGUAUCGCCAUGUCUGGGAGUGGCAUUGGAACGUUUGUCCUGGCGCCUGUUGUGCAGCUCCUGAUUGACUACUACUCGUGGCGUGGCGCGCUGCUCAUUCUUGGGGGCUUUGCCUCCAACCUGUGUGUCUGCGGGGCUCUGCUGCGGCCCAUCGCCUACAAAGAGGACGAAGUCCGCCCGUUACCCAUGGACUCAGAGUGCGGCUACGAUGUCAAAGCCCCAUUGGCAGGCCCCACGGAGGAGCCACUCCAGGCCAAGACAGACAGUGAGCUUUGUUCUUCUUCCUCCUCUUCCUCCUCUUCCUCCUCCUUAUCCUUCUCUUGCUUCCAGUCCCUACAUGAGUACCGCUUCCUGCUCAUGCCGGACUUCCUGGUGCUGGCGGGCUCUUUCCUGUUCCUGGCCAAUGGUUGCAGCCUGCCCUUCGUCUACCUGGUGCCAUAUGCACUGGACGUCGGGGUCAGCCACCACCAGGCUGCCUUCCUCAUGUCCAUCCUGGGUGUCGUCGACAUCUUUGGGAAUAUCUCUUUUGGAUGGCUUACUGACAGGAGGUGGUUGAAGAGGCACCGUAACCUGUGCUACCUCUUCGCGGUGGGGAUGGAGGGCCUGUGCUGCCUGUUCAUCCCUCUGCUCCGCAGCUUUUCCCUUCUCAUACCCUUCUCCGUGCUCUAUGGCUACUUCGACGGAGCCUACGUGGCGCUCAUCCCCGUGGUGACCUCUGACGUGGUGGGCACACCGUACCUGUCGUCGGCCCUGGGGGUCGUCUACUUCCUGCACGCCAUUCCGUAUCUGCUCAGCCCACCAAUCGGAGGUUGGCUGGUGGACACCACGGGUAACUACACGGCCACCUUCUUCCUCAGUGGUUUCUCACUCAUCUCCAGCUCGCUGCUGCUCGCCACGGUCGCCGUCAUCCGCCGAUGUCACCGGAGGCACCGGGACAUUCACGGAGCCCAACCCCCGACAGGAGACCCCUGCAGGCAGAGCAAGCAGGCUGACUUUUAUAUCACCAAAAACAAGGACCUGAUGACCACAAACACAGCAGCCACCUCCUAGCAGUGAAGCAAUUUCAAAUUGUGUGCUUUUUUUUAAUCAAGACAAAGUGUUCUGCUGAUACUGUUGUUGUUUUUGGAAUCAUGCCAAUAGUUUUUAAAAUAUAACAAGUACAAAAAAAUCCUAAAUAGAUUGAUGUAGUACAUUGAGACUUUUCAGACAAACUAUUCUGUAUUCAAUAAGCCUUCUCAGAAAAAGGACUUUACUCUUGAAUGAAAAAAAAAAAGAAAACUCCAAAGAAAGGGUUUUUAUUUAUAAAAGACACACACUGAUGCACAUUGCAUCAAAGGACAUUUGUCUUUGUGUAUCGUAUCACACAAAUAAUGAAUUAUCAUUCACUUUCGUCAGUGAAAUCUACUGUGAAAUCUAUUAUUCACUAAUGACAAUUGCCACUGUAUAAAACAAUGAUGUGUGCCUGUUCUGAAAUGGGGAAAGCACAGUGUCUUUGCACAGUUAUGACCUUGUGCAGCUCAGGGUACAAAAGGAACUCUUUUGCUCACAUUUCAGUAGUCAUAAUCUGUCAUUUAGUAAUUUCAUCAUUUUCUCAAGAACACAAUUAUGCACAGUUUUCUUCUUUCUUGAAACCAAAUGCAUGAAUACCAAACCUUAGUGUAUUUGUAUCUACAUAGUAGAAACAACUGAUAUUUCAGACUAUGCUGACAGCAAUAUUUCAAUCAACAUUUAAAUACAUUUGCAGUUUAUAUAUUUGGCUACUUAACAUCACUACAGCUCUCUUUGCCUGACUUUGAACAUUUUAGAUUACAUGAAUCUAAUGGUAAUUCAUGACUUUAUUUCAUUCAUGGUUCAUUCAAAGAUGACUUUGUAAUUCACAUGUUAGGGAGCUUGCAAACAGGACACUAUUUCAUAGCAGAAAAGUAAAUUACAUUUUCAAGUGCAUUUUCUAUUUGUAAUAUAAGCUCUUCAUAUGUUGGUUAUUUUUUGAAAUUGAAAAUUAAAAUACUGUAAACCUC